AUGGACUCCAAAUUCGAAAGUCUGGAAUGCAUGAUUCAAGAAGAUAGACACGACAGACUAAAAGUAGAAAAUGAGCACCUGGAACGUCUUCAAAGAAUGGAGAAUCUUAUCAGUGGAUUAUCGGGAAUGGUGGAAAAGAUCACCUGCAAUUCCACUUCUGGGUCUAAUAAUACUGACUUGUUGGCCGAAAAGAAUGUUGAAAAUGAUCAAGACAGCAAAGUAAAUGGAGGUUCAAGGUGGCGCAAACUGGAUAUACCAAUCUUUGCAGGGGAAGAUGCUUUUGGCUGGACUAAUAGAUUGGACAGAUAUUUCCAUUGGCAAGAAGUCUCCGAAGUUGAAAGAAUGCAAACAGUGAUGGUGGCCUUGGAGGGAAAAGCUUUAAAUUGGUUUCGGUGGUGGGAAUCUUGCUACCCAUAUCCUACUUGGGAAUCUUUCAAGAUGGCAGUGGUACAACGUUUUCAGCCAAAUAUGUUGAGAAAUCCUUUUGAAGUUUUGUUGGCGUUGAAACAAACAGGAAAUGUAGAAGAUUAUGUCGAACAAUUCAAGCAUUAUGCAGAUUGCUAA